CUUCCGGUUCCGCUGUGGGCCGGAGAAGACAUGGCGGCGUCUGCGUCGGCUGCUGCAGCGGAGGAGGACUGGGUCCUUCCCUCUGAAGUGGAGGUGUUAGAGUCCAUCUAUCUGGAUGAGCUACAGGUGGUUAAAGGAAAUGGCAGGUCUUCGCCGUGGGAGAUUUCCAUCACCCUCCACCCAGCCACUGCCGAAGACCAGGACUCCCAGUACGUCUGCUGCACCCUGCUGCUCCAGGUCCCGGCACAGUAUCCCCACGAGGUGCCGCUCAUCUCCAUCCGGAACCCCCGUGGACUCUCCGAUGAGCAGAUCCACAAGAUCUCCCAGGCACUGAGCCACGUGGCCACUGCGGGCCUGGGCACUGCCAUGCUCUAUGAACUCAUCGAGAAAGGGAAGGAGAUUCUCACUGACAACAACAUCCCCCAUGGCCAGUGUGUCAUCUGCCUCUACGGGUUCCAGGAGAAAGAGGCCUUCACCAAGACGCCCUGCUACCACUAUUUCCACUGCCACUGCCUGGCGCGCUACAUCCAGCACAUGGAGCAGGAGCUGCAGAGGCGGGAGCGGGAGCGGCAGUACUGCGCGGCCUCCGCCACCAAGCAGAAGGCAGCUGGCGUGCAGUGUCCCGUGUGCAGAGAGCCCCUCGUAUACGACCUCGCAUUGCUGAAAGCGGCCCCCGAGCCUCAACAGCCCAUGGAGCCGUACCAGCCCAGCGCCGCGAGUCUGCGGGAGCAGGAGGAGCGCCAGCGGCUCUACCAGCGGCAGCAGGAGCGGGGCGGCAUCAUUGACCUGGAGGCUGAGCGCAGCCGCUACUUCAUCAGCCUCCAGCAGCCUCCCGCCCCCUCGGAGCCCGAGCCAGUCACGGCUGAACCGGCCACUUCACCCACUGCCCAGCCUGCCCUGCCAGCUGCGCUGCCCAUGGCCACCCAGAACGUGUGUGAGAAGAUGCCAGGGCCCGAGCCAAAUCCGCCGAGGUUGGGAGAGCCCCUGAAAACCAUGCCGGAGAUCCCCCAGGCCAGCCGAGGCCCGUGGAGACAGCCAGAACCGAGACACCUCAAGGGACGGGUAUGCAGUGUCCCCAGAGGGACCAGUGAUCCUCAUGAACUGGCCCCUCCUGAAGGCCCCCUCAAGGACCGAAAGCCAGAACCCCGGAACCAAGGGCUUGGAGGGCCUCCCCGAGAGAGGGGACCUGGCACCUGGCAGGGUCCCCCGCCCCGCAGGACUCGGGACAGUGCCCGCUGGGAGCGUCCCAAAGGUCGGACCCCGGCAGCGGCUGCUUCCUACCCUCGCCUGCCUCGGGGCCAGGGUGCCCACCAGCCUGGCACCCGCAGGGAGCCCCAGAACUUGGAAUCUGAGGAUGGUUCCUAGCACUACCUGGGGGAGUGGGGGGACAGGGGACUUGGG